AGACAUCAGCCGAAAUCCUCCGUGCUAGUCAACUGGAGCCGCUUACGUUGUGCAGCAACCAGCGACAGUUUUGAACGACGGGAGGAGAGUCGACUGUUUGUAUUCAUUAUAAACCGGCGCUAAACGGGAGCGGUUGCUCGUUCAUCUUCGUUUUUAGUCUAACCGGUGUUCGGUAUUAAGUGUUUUCAUGUGGUGCAAUUUUCGGUGUUUGCGUGACGACUUCCAACUGGCGAAUCGCAUCAGUUGGCCCGGAGGGUCAUCGUCCGCGACGACACCCUCUGCUCCGUUAGCGCCAACUGUUUAGAAAAUGACCGGGGAGAAGAUCCGCUCCCAGCGCAAGGACCACAGGCCGAGUAAGGACGAGGAUUUACUGGAGCCGGACGAGGAGGCUGCGACCGGGACGUUCACCGCCUCCAAGACGAACAACAAGAGCAGGGCGAGUAAAAUCUUCAGCAAUCACAAGUUAAUCAAGUCGUCGUCCACACAGCAGCAGCAACAACAACAACAACAGCAACAGAAUCAACAGUCGCAGUUAAAUGCUAACACCCACACGCUGUCAACAUCGGAUGUUAUCGAUGACAACAACAAGAACCCCAUUAUCCGAACCGGGCAGGACUUCCCGGUGCACGAAUGUGUGUUUAAAGGAGAUGUCCGACGCCUGUCUUCGCUCAUACGGACGCAGAAUAUCGCCCAGAAAGACGUCCAUGGAAACACACCGCUGCAUCUCGCUGUUAUGAUGGGGCACAAAGAGUGUGCCCACCUGCUGCUGGCCCACAAUGCACCAGUGAAGGUGAAGAACGCUCAGGGAUGGAGCCCCCUUGCAGAGGCUAUUAGCUACGGAGACCGUCAGAUGAUCACAGCACUGCUGAGGAAGCUGAAGCAACAGUCCAGGGAGAGUGUUGAGGACAAGAGGCCCAAGCUGCUGAAAGCCCUGAAAGAGCUUGGCGACUUUUACUUGGAGCUUCACUGGGACUUCCAAAGUUGGGUGCCUUUGCUCUCCAGAAUCCUGCCUUCUGACGCGUGUAAGAUCUACAAGCAGGGCAUUAAUAUCAGAUUGGACACUACCCUGAUAGACUUUACGGACAUGAAAUGCCAACGCGGUGACCUCAGCUUCAUCUUCAACGGCAAUGCCAUCCCCUCCGAGUCUUUUGUCGUGCUGGACAACGAACAGAAAGUCUACCAGCGGAUACACCACGAGGAAUCAGAGAUGGAGACAGAGGAAGAAGUAGACAUCCUGAUGAGCAGCGAUGUUUACUCCGCCACGCUCUCCACCAAGUCUAUCACCUUCUCCAGGGCGCAGACUGGCUGGCUGUUCAGAGAAGACAAGACGGAGCGUGUGGGAAACUUCCUGGCAGAUUUCUACUCUGUGAACGGCCUGGUGCUCGAGUCCAGGAAGAGACGGGAGCAUCUGAGUGAGGAAGACAUCUUGAGGAACAAAGCCAUCAUGGAGAGCCUGAGUAAAGGAGGAAACCUCAUAGAGCAGAACUUCGAGCCGGCGAGGAGGCAGUCUCUAACUCCCCCGUUACCCAACACUAUAUCCUGGGAAGAAUACAUUACUGCUGACAACGGAAAAGCACCUCAUUUAGGAAGAGAGCUGGUCUGCAAAGAGAGCAAGAAAAACUUCAAAGCCACGAUAGCCAUGAGUCAAGACUUCCCUCUGGGCAUUGAAUCGUUACUGAAUGUUCUGGAGGUGAUUGCACCCUUCAAGCACUUUAAUAAACUCAGGGAGUUUGUGCAGAUGAAGCUCCCCCCCGGCUUUCCUGUCAAACUCGACAUCCCUGUCUUUCCUACGAUCACAGCCACAGUGACAUUUCAGGAGUUUCGCUACGACGAGUUUGACGCGUCCAUUUUUACCAUUCCCAACGAUUAUAAAGAAGACCCUAGCCGCUUCCCCGACCUUUAACCUCUCAAGCAGGAACAGGAAACAUAUGUACAACAAGGCAACAUUAUGCUACUAAACAUUCUUUUUGAAAUACAAAAGGAAAAACUAGCAAAACAGUGGUAAUGGCUUCUCGACAGUUUAUGGAUUCCACCCCCCCCACCCCCCCACCAUCCAGACUGAGUACAGACAGCAACACCACGACCAGAGUUUGAUCAUCAUGGCAAAAAUAACGGCAUCGUCCAGUGUGGCAUAUCGUCCAGACGUGGAUAUCUGAUGAGAGAUAUAAAAUGUCUCAUCAGUGAAAAGGGCAUUGAAGUUAAACCGAGUGGCAGCAGAGCAGGUGAGUUUUCUGAACAUGGGGUAUAAGUAGAAGACAUUAAAAGACAACCAGUUCAGUUGAUGCUAUGUAUUUAAGUAUGUAAGUAAUGUUUUUAAAGGGACUGUGUUUAACUGACCUGUAGUAAAGCACUGACAUUACUGUGCCAGAUGUUGGAGAGGAAUUCCACUAAAAAUGAGUUUUUAGAUUCUUUUCCUACUUAAGUAGAAAGAAAAUUCUCAAGGUACAAAGUUGUUCAGUUUAGCCAGUAAUACAAAAACUGUACAUAAUCUACUGCACACCUCUUAGACAGGUGUGCAGGGGAAUAAAAUCACAGCUUUUUUACACUCACUUCUUAAAUGUUAUCCAGUUUAGAAAUGUUCCCAAAGAUGUACUGUUAAAAUGUCACUUUGAAAUUUACAGAACUGAAAAUCAGUUGUGUAAAAUGUUAAGUCCAGCUGAUACUUUUGUAGGUUAAAAAAAAACAAACUAAAAAUCACUUUUUUUUUGUAGAAUUCCACUUUAACUCUGCACGUUAUAAAAAUUGUGUGUGAGUGUGUGUGUGUGUGUGUGUGUGUGUGUGUGUGUAACAAUAAUUUUCAUGGGCAUGGAGUAGCAUCACUGAACUUGUGGGCACUAUGUAGAUCCACUACAUUCAGUUGAGUUCAUAGACACUCGUGUUGUGACACUCAACCCUUAACUCCUGCAUUUUAAAUACGAUAGUUAAAUCAAGGCAACGCUAGAAAAAUGCUGCAGACUUUUAUGGUACAACAGUUUGUUUGUUUGUUUGAGUGGCAGCGAGUGUUAAGUUAUGACGUCCAAGCCUUUUGUUUCUUAUUUACACCUUUGUAAAUUGUGUAACAACCUGUACAAUCCUGCUAAAAAAAGAAGAUUGUACAGAAAGUAGAUGUUAGGGAAUGAAUGCCUACAACAUUUGUCCCAUUUUUACACAUAACAAGAACCAGGCUUUUCCCCUGCACAGUGUGUAAAUACAUGUUUUAUGACUUAUUGCUUUUGUCUUUUAUUUUACAUUUCCUUAUUAUUCGUGCCGAUGAGUUUAAGAUGUCCUCUGCAAGAGGAAGAGUUGUGGAUUUUUUUUUAAUGUAGCGUCACGUGAGUUAAUUUGAGAAUUAUUGGUUUGUAACAUGGUGGCAGUUAUUUUUGUACAUACUCGUGUUGUUUUGAAGAAAAAAAUGAAUCUCUUAAUUCUGUCAUUUUUUUCACCUCAUCCCACUGUAUCUGAUAAACUUUACAAACUUCCCUCAGGUGGGUGGAACCAACGAUCACUUCCACCAUGUGAAAAGCACAAAGCAGGAGGUUCUUAGGAAAAGUUAUUUUGUAGAAAGGCCAAGAGCCGUUCAUCGGAGGCUGGGGAAGUUUAAUGAGUCUUUCUAGAUGCUGUUGCUGUGGUUCAUGAGCUCUUAAUUACUUUGAAACAGGUGAUAUUAUGGUGGUUCAGUGGCUGCCCCUCGAGUUUGAAUGAACAAGCUUUGGUGGCUCAAAGUGUUGUUCUAUUAAUGUGGAUGCUGAACAUCAUGCCUAUUUAUAUCCAUAUUCAGUAUCAUAAUAACCAAAUACAGUACAUUUAAUUUUUAACAUCACAUUCCUCAGUUGUGGAAGUGCAGCUAAUGGAAGUGUGCCUCCUCGCUGACAUAAUGCUUUAACCUACAUUUAACUUUAAGCUCCUUCCUGACUUCAGCUGCUUGAAUUUUACAUGUUUUCUGUCAGAAAUUAUUCAUCCAUCUACAUGUCCGUUGUACAGCAAAAACUGUUGUAUAAGUCUGCGACACUAUUUUCAUAUAAAAUGUACUAAAAUAAAAAUUCCACAUAUCUAACUGA